AUGGCCGAUCAACUUACAGAAGAGCAAAUCACUGAAUUCCGCGAAGCAUUCAAUCUUUUCGAUAAAGAUGGCGAUGGUUCUAUUACUACAAAGGAGCUUGGUACUGUUAUGCGUUCCUUGAAUUUGAACCCUACCGAGGCUGAACUCCAAGACAUGAUCAACGAAGUCGACAGUGACGGUAAUGGCCAUAUCGACUUUCCUGAGUUCUUGUCCAUGUUGGCUAGAAAGAUGAAGGACACUGACUCCCAAGAAGAGAUUGAAGAAGCUUUCAAGGUCUUUGAUAAGGAUGGCAAUGGAUACAUCUCUGCUGCAGAGUUACGUCAUGUAAUGACUUCUCUUGGCGAGAAGAUGAGUGAAGAAGAAGUCGAUGAGAUGAUCCGUGAAGCUGAUGUUGAUGGUGAUGGUCAAAUUAAUUAUCAAGAAUUUGUCAAGAUGAUGAUGUCCAAAUAA